AGAGCUUAUGGAGACGACACGGGGAAAGAGAAUAUUAGAAUAGUGUUGAUUUGAAGAGAAUGUGUCUCUCACUGGACUUGAGAACGUCCCCUAUUAUGUUCCACAGAACGCCAAUUACGCACCCAUUGCUAGGAUGAAGGCUUUGAAAGCCUUGUAGUUCCUAACCUGUGGGCGACCGUACAGAGUAUGCAUAGCAACUGCCUACGUCACUGAGGCGAAGAUUGACAGGUGACUCGGCCAAAGGGGUUCCUUUCCCCGCCCGCGUCACACGGCAGAGGAAAACACGGUCACGUGUUUCGCCAUCCCGGCUUCAGGAAGUACGUCCCGAAUUGUUGAUGUUGUUAAGGGCCCUGAAAGGCCUUUGGGAACCCGGCAGAGAGAGGGGGGGGGAAAAAGGGACCGGAAGCGGAAGAAGUCUUCAUUGUUUGCGGCAGGUGAAGCUGCCGGUGCUGGAAGCGAGUGGGUGGGUAGCUGGGCCUGACGGCGCGGAGAGAGCACAGAGGCCUCUUCCCAGUUCCCUGCCCGGGGCAGCAAGGAGAGAGACGCACGAUUAUUUGUUCCUUAGCAAAGAGUUUACCCACAAAGAGUCGCCAAGAUAGCCGGCCCAAGUAGAAAACGGCGAACCCCUGACCCAGAUUCCGUUACAGAUCCCGGGGGCCCAUCUGUUUAUACAAAGCGGCAGAAGAUGUCACAUCCUGCCGAGGGUGCCAAUCAGAGAAGGGUGACUCGGGGCACGGCAGAUGCAAUUAAUAGAAAGAAACAGAAAGAUAAAGCCAACCAGGAAAGCAAAGAGGGCAAGGCACCGACAAAUGCAGGCCCCCAAAAAGACAUUGUGAUUGACUGGAAGCAGAAUUCAGAAGAAGUCAUCGUGAAAUUAAAUGCUGGAUCAAGAGCUUUAAAUGUGGAAGAGCUGAAUGCUGAAUUCACAGAUACAGAUUGUGUUAUUAGCUUCCCAGAAGGCCAGCAAUGGAAAUGCCAAUUUCAUGAGGAAAUUGAAGGUUCUUGCAGUAAAAUUCAAUAUAAAGAAAAAGGCAAUAUCUUGCAAAUCAUCCUUCAGAAGAAAAUUCCAUUUAACAAAUGGCCAACACUUCAGAAGAAAAAGAAAGAGUCCAUGAAAGAGCAAGUAAAAGCUGGUGCCCUUAUGGAAAAUGGGAAACCUAAAGUGUCUUUAAAAUUACCACUACCUGACAAAUCCCAGACCCAACCAUCCGAGAGCACAGAUGCACGAAAGGGUAAACCAGACCAUAGGAGUGUGAGAAGAGGACAAGAAACAACAGAGGCUAGCAGUGGAGUGAAGAGCAGCCUUACAAGGAAAUCCAUAUCUACUGCAGUGCACAGUGGAGUCCAGAUGAAAAGAGGCUGCCAUAAAUCUGCCUCUGUGAUCGCAGGAGGGGAUUCCAGUCCACAGAGUCAGAAAGUUGCAGGCUCUGAGGACCUUUCCAGCAGAGGACUAAAUAAACGGAAUGUCCAAAUCCCUUCUGGAAAUGCAACUUGGGCAGGACACAAGUCUGGAGACAGCCAAGCAGAGCUGCAGAAUGCACAAAGGGACCAGAAUAAAAGUUUAGGGAAGGAGAAAAUGCCUGCGCUGGAUCAACAGGUACUGCUCCAAGAGGCGGGACCAACCUUGCAACCUGCAUGUUUACACGCUGUGGAGAAGCAGAAUGCACCAAUUGACCUGAAUUCAGUUAUUGUGGCUCCAUGCAAAGAAAUGCUCGCAUCCACGUCUGAGCAAACCCUGGACUGUCAGCAGGAGCUGUCUAAAAUGAACCUAAACUUGGAAGUAAAGGAAGUUGUAGUCAAGCCUCACUCGGAUAGUGCACUCUCAGACGCUACAGAAUUAGGUGGCCCUCCCAAAAAAGUGGAUUCCCCUACUGAGGAUUGUCUAGAAGAUACAACAGAAGAGCCAGAGCCAAUCGUGAAUCUCACCUUUGUCAAAAACGAUCACUAUGAGAAGGGUAAUGACGUGGUUGUCGUACACGUGUAUGUGAAGGAGAUCUGCAAAGAAACUUCUAGAGUGCUAUUCCGGGAACAAGAUUUUACACUCAUCUUCAAAACAAGGGAUCCAAAUUUUUUGCGACUUCAUCCAAACUGCACGCCAGAUACUGUGUUCAGGUGGCAAGUAAAACUCAGAAAUCUUAUUGAGCCAGAUUUGUGCCGUUACUGUUUCACCGGCGCUCGUGUCGAUAUUUCCCUGCAGAAGAAGCAAUGCCAGAGGUGGGGUGGCUUAGAGGCACCAGCCACACAAGGUCUGCACCCAGAAUUCUACCUUUUGCUCAAAGAAAAAGGUGCAGUGGGUGGUGCCAAGGUUGCAAUGCCUGCUGGUCCACCUCCCCAUGAUAAAACUCAGCCUGGAAGUAAUCAGCAUUCUCUGUCCAACAAAGAGGAGGCCAGAGCAGUGGAGAAAGAGAAGCCAAGAGCAGAGGACACCGGCCUGGACAAGGUCAGCUCUAGGACACCAACUGAUCAUGUCUCCGUCAAAUCAGAGCAGCUUCUGUCUUCGCCCAAGCCAACAUGCAUGGUCCCACCAAUGACGCACAGUGCCGUGAGCAGCGAAAAUGUACAAGAAGAAGAAGAGAAAAGAGUCUGCCCACCAGGUUUUACUGGUCUGGUCAACCUGGGUAACACCUGCUUCAUGAACAGUGUUAUACAAUCCCUGUCCAACACCCGGGAGCUCAGAGACUACUUUCAAGAUCGUUCUUUCGAAUCAGAGAUUAACUGCAAUAACCCUCUUGGAACUGGUGGCCGGCUUGCAGUUAGCUUUGCUGUUCUUUUACGGGCGCUUUGGAAAGGAACACAUCAUGCUUUUCAGCCAUCUAAGCUCAAAGCAAUAGUAGCCAGCAAGGCAAGUCAGUUCACAGGCUACGCCCAGCAUGAUGCACAGGAGUUCAUGGCUUUUCUGUUGGAUGGGCUUCAUGAGGAUCUCAACAGGAUACAGAACAAGCCGUACACGGAGACAGUUGAUUCAGAUGGAAGGCCGGAUGAGGAGGUGGCAGAUGAAGCCUGGCUACGGCAUAAAAUGAGGAAUGAUUCCUUUGUGGUGGAUUUAUUCCAGGGCCAGUACAAGUCUAAGCUGGUGUGUCCUGUCUGUGCAAAGGUUUCCAUCACAUUUGACCCCUUCCUGUAUCUCCCAGUUCCCUUGCCCCAGAAGCAGAAGGUUCUCACUGUGUAUUACUUUGCCAGGGAGCCUCACAAGAAGCCUAUUAAGUUUUUGGUGAGCAUAAGCAAGGAGAAUUCUUCUGCUGCUGAGGUCCUGGAGUCCAUCUCUAAGAGUGUGCGAGUCAAGGCUGAAAAUCUACAGUUGGCGGAGGUGGUAAAAAACCGUUUUCAGCGUAUCUUCAGGCCAUCUUGCUCUCUGGAUUCUGUCUCCCCCAACGACCUGCUCUUCUGUUUUGAGGUUCUCUCCAAGGAACUCUCUAAGGAGCGUGUGGUUGUGUUUCAGGUCCAGCAGCGCCCCCAAGUGCCCAGUAUUCCCAUAACUAAAUGCGCUGCUUGCCAGAAGAAACAGAUGUCUGAGGAGGAAAAGCUGAAGCGAUGUACAAGGUGUUAUAGAGUCGGAUAUUGCAACCAAGUCUGCCAGAAAUCACAUUGGCCUGAUCAUAAGACUGCCUGCCGACCAGAGAACAUAGGCUACCCCUUCCUCAUCAGUGUCCCUGAGUCACGACUGACUUACUCCCGUCUGGCGCAGCUACUGGAGGGUUAUGCCAGAUACUCUGUAAAUGUGUUCCAGCCUCCAUUUAUUCCGGGGAGGACAUCACCAGAUCACGCACCUCAACCACUAAGUUCAGAGAAGGCAGAUCUUCCUCCACAGUCAGAUCUUCCCCUUUUAGGGGAGUCCAGCGAGGAGGAGAAAGAUUUUCACUCUGUGCAGUCUUCUCAAACCACUCUGCCUCCUCUCACCUGUCUCUCCGCCUCAGGAGACUCUGGUAUUGUGCAUGGCAAGCCACCCGGGGAUAGGGUCUCUCUGUACAGCACAGACUCUGGCUUUUCUGAACACAGCACAGACACAGUUAGGGAGAUGGAUUCUGGAGGCGAGAAAGAAACCAUUUAUGAGAAAUCGGUUAAACCUGAAGCUGCUGUCGCCGGUUUCCAACAAUCGGAGUCUGUGAACGUGCAUGCUUCUGCUUUCUACAUCAAUGUUAUUGACCCAAAUAACAAAGAGAUGAAGCUGGAAGAUAAAGGGGAGUCUCCUUUGGAGCUGACAGAAGACUGCUCCCUGGCACUUGUGUGGAAGAAUAAUGAGCGGGCAAAGGAGUUUGUUCUUGUAGAGUCCAAGGAACUAGAGUGUGAGGAGGAUCCUGGAUCUGCUAGUGAAGCAGCCAGAGCCGGUCUCUUCACUUUGGAUCAGUGUCUCAACCUCUUUACUAAGCCAGAAGUCCUAGCACCGGAGGAAGCCUGGUACUGCCCCAAGUGUAACCAGCACAGAGAAGCAUCCAAGCAGCUGAUGCUCUGGCGGCUGCCAAACAUCUUAAUCAUCCAGCUGAAGCGAUUCUCCUUCCGGACGUUUAUCUGGAGGGACAAAAUCAACGAUAUGGUGGACUUUCCUGUCAGGAAUCUAGACUUGAGCACUUUCUGUAUUGGCCAAAAGGAAGACCACCAGAGGCCUAUAUAUGACCUUUAUGCAGUCAUAAACCAUUAUGGGGGAAUGAUUGGUGGACACUACACGGCAUAUGCCAGACUACCCAAUGAGAAGAACAGCCAGCGCAGUGACGUGGGUUGGAGACUGUUCGAUGACAGCACAGUGACGACAGUGGAUGAAAGCCAAGUAGUGACAAGGUACGCUUAUGUACUUUUCUACCGGCGGAGGAAUUCCCCAGUGGAGAGGCCGAUGCGGGGGCACCCAGCAGACCGGCGAGUGGACGCAGGGGCAUCAGCAGAUGUGGCAGGAAGCCAGGGAGUGAGCCAAAUGGCAUAUGGGCCCAGUAUGAACUCUCAGGAUACCUCGGCCAUGGCCUCCGACACCGACGCCGACCUGUUCCCUCACCCCACGGAUCCCACCCCAUCAUCCUACAGCAACAUGGAAGACGUGGAUUAGGAAAAGCCUUUUGUGUUCUGCGUGGGGCUGCGCUGGGGAAGGCUGUAAAUACCGUCGCUGCUUCAACGGUUUCGUUGGAUAUUUUUGUUUUGUCUUUUUUUUUUCUUCUCUCCCCUGCCCCCAGGGUCACCUCUCCAAUGACAUUAACAACUAUUUGUAACCCCCUGCAGCGCCCAUGAUACCCACAAUGCUGUGCAGAACAUGGACGACUGCAAAGGAAUAUGCACCCAUGCACCUUGUUUCUCUUCUUUUGGGUUUGCUUCCCGUCACCCACUCAGCUUCAAAGUGACUUCCCUGCCUCUGACAUUGGAGACCUACCUUAGCAAGUGACCUACCUUGGCAGCGUCCCCUUCAUUCUUGGUGCAUUUCACUUUAUAAACCACUGCCUGUAGUACAUGCCUAUCUUUUUUUGUCUUUUACGUGUUUUUGGCAUUGUAAAUUCAGUGCACCUCAAGCCAUAAUAAAGAUCCCUGGAGAAACUGUCUCUAUACAGCAAGCACAGAGCAUUAGCGAUGGGAACCUGCUCCUUCUUUUAAUUUCUAUCAAAACCAUCGGAGAGUAGAUCUUCUUCUUUUUUUAAAGGGAUAAAGACAUUGGGAAAUCAUCAUGCCAUCUCCAAAACCCAUUGACUUGGGGUGAUCGUUUGUUUUAAGCCCAACUCACCUUUAAAUGAGCUGUUGCUAUGAUGUAGACAGCGACGACUGUUGCAAUUGGUCUUUUUGUUGUGUUUGAAUUUUUAACGGUUUUUUUUUUCUUCAACAGCUCUCUGGUUGUCAGGUUUCAAUGCACCCUAGCAACCAGGCAGUCGUUGAAAUGAGAGAGUGAAUAGGAAAGAUAAGUAAUAUAAAGUAACAAUAAUAUUGUUUGUUUUUUUUAAUGGUGGUGUUAUCCCUUUAACGCAAGUUAUAUCUAAAAAAGCAAGUAGUGAGCGAUUUCCCCCCCCCCCCUCUGUUGUUAAUAAGAUAUUUGAAAUUGUAUUUGCCGUAACAGAUUCUCCCUGUAUUAACGUUAUCACUGCUAAGGAAACGCCUCCCACUGCGCCUGGUAGAACCAUCGAUUUAUAUACGCAUUGCGGCAAAGGCAGGAAAGAAUUUAUAAACACUGGGCAAAUUUGCCCCUGGACUGUAGCUGAUGGCAGCCAAUCAGAUGAUUGCUUUCAGCGUUUAAACUGCAGCUGGUUGGAAAAAUCUCACCACUGAUUGGUUGCUAUGGGUUACUGCCCAGGUGCAAAUUUGCCCAGUGUUUAUAAAUGAGCCCCAGUGUCUGUUACCAAGCGCUUCCCACAUAGGAAUAAGGGCAUUACCCAACUACAGUUUAAUUUAAUAUGGCUUCAUAGUUGAUUACCAUGAUAAAACCCAAUACAGAAUGGUUAAGAACAUAAUGGUGUCAAAAUGCCCCAAGUCCCCGGUGUGAAUCUGGAAACUGCCCCCAUGAGGGCUGUUCUGCACCUCUGCAAGUCACAGCCAGGGGGUGACCUAUUCUUUGUUGGGGAGACGGCACUCAGAUGAAUGGUAAAUGCUGGUAAUACACUUAGAAGGGGAAAGUUGGGUCCAAAUGCUGCAUUUAUAUGGGUGGGUGGUAAGGAAUAGUCCCCCCCCAGCAAGUGUUUGUUCAUGGUGUGCUCCAAUACAUUAAUAAGUGUUCCUGCCCAUCUACCAUUGCUCACAAGGCUCACUUUGGGGCAUUAGGACCUACUAGCUAAGUACAGAUAUGUCUAUGGCUAGAGAUGGCAUUUUAUCGGACCAGUUCUUGACGGAACAAACUUGCUGAUAAACUUACUCUUAUUACCAAACUGUCACAAUUGCCUUGUCGGCAUUGGGAGCUGAAAGCGGUGCCCCUCGCGUCUGUCAGUCGUGGUCCAUAAAGCUUCUGGUUGGUCCCCAGUCUCCUGUCUAUGGUGCUUACUUACCCUAAACCCUAUAUAAGCUUUGGGAGCUGGUAGCCGGACCCAGUCUACGGGAAGAAUAAUAAGGAGGCCUGAGGCAGGGAGUCGCAAUGUGCACUAUUUCUCAAGUGAUUUUAUGUAGUGGGUUUUUUUCCCCCUUUGUUUUUGUUAUGCCUCAGGGGGUCGGAUUUAACCUGCAUCAACAUUAUUUUGUAUUUUACUUUGUUUAAAAACAAAUGCUGCUGAUUCCAUUGUAUUUAAUGCGUAAACUUUAAUGUAAUAUGCACACGUGCUCCCUACCGAGCAUAUCUACUAUAGCACUGUAGUCCAUUAUAGGGGUCCUUGUAAUUCUCCCCCGACCCAAAUAACUCUCAAACCAACAUCCUUUGCUGGAGGCUGAGAGGAAAAGAAUUCUCAAAUCCCUCUAGGGCGGAGCUCUGUCCCACCUGUGGCUCCGCGGGUGCUGCUCGGCUCCUGGAGGAUGCUGGGAGUUGGCUGGCAGAGAGCCGCAGGAAGUAGGUCCCAUUUUUAAGGAAUAGUGGGCAGUUUCUGGCCUUGCUUUUCAUUCUUCAUUGCAGUUGUAUAAAUAUGAUGUAUGUCCUCACUACAGAAUCAUUAAAUUCUGCUGAAUCUCAA